UUCGAUUUUUAUUUAAUGUUUUGGUUCAAGUAGGAGAAAGCACAUUACUUGGAUUACAUUUUAUUAUGUUUAAUUAAAAUGUAAUUCGGAUAACUAAAAUUAACAUCAAAAUGUCUAUAUUUACCGGCACUUUCCCAAAGUGCCGUCUUUUGAUAUCUCGCCUGAGUACGCCUUUGAUACAUGAAGAACGUCAAGCUUCUAAAUCUAUUCUUGGGUCCCUUGCUGGAAAAGGGAAAAUUACUGCUACUUUAACUCAAAAGAAAAGAUUGCCUGCAGAAAGUGACGUAAAAAAGCUAGUAAACUAUUGUUGUGGUAGCAACAUUUAUAAAGAGGGGGAAGAUGUAAAGUUGAAGGAUGAUUCUGAAUAUCCCGAUUGGCUUUGGACAUUACGUCUCGGACCUCCACCUCCCUUAGAAGAAAUGGAUCCUAACACCAAAGAAUAUUGGGAACAUUUUUUCUUUCUACAAAAAAUCAGAGAGCUUCGUCUAAAAAGAGCUAAAAUCAAGAAGAAAUUAUUUGUGAAUGAGGGAGAUAAAAUUUAUUUACUCAGGAAGAUACGAUUUAGAGCUUUGGCUCAUCAAUAUGAUCCUGGUUUUAAUUCACCUCCACGCUUUGACAAAGAUGGAUGGAGAAUUAUUUAAAUGCAGUGUAUUUUCUGUAAUAAAAUUAGUACACUUAACUUUA